GGCGCUGGGGCGCGGCGGCCGGUGCGCAGUGAGACCAUGGGCCCGACCAAGCCCUGGGGGGAGUGGUUCCUGAGCCUGCGGGUGCCCCCCGCCGGCGUGUUCGGUGUGGCCUUCCUCGCCCGAGUCGCCCUGGUUUUCUACGGGCUCUUCCAGGACCGGACCCUGCUCGUGAGGUACACGGACAUCGACUACCACGUUUUCACGGACGCCGCGCGUUUCGUCACGGAGGGGCGCUCCCCGUACCUGAGGGCGACCUACCGUUACACUCCCCUGCUGGGCUGGCUCCUCACUCCCAACGUCUACCUCAGCGAACUCUUCGGCAAGUUUCUCUUCAUCAGCUGCGACCUCCUCACGGCGUUGGUGCUGUACCGCCUGCUGCUGCUCAAGGGGCUGGGUCGCCGCCAGGCUUGCGGUUACUGCGCGUUUUGGCUUCUCAACCCCCUCCCCAUGGCGGUGUCCAGCCGAGGCAACGCGGACUCGAUCGUCGCCUCGCUGGUGCUGAUGGCCCUGUACCUAAUAGAAAAAAGAGUGGUGGCGGGUGCCGCGGUGUUCUAUGGCUUCGCCGUGCACAUGAAGCUGUACCCGGUCACCUACAUCCUCCCCAUAGCCCUCCGCCUGCGCCCGGAACGCGCCCGGGACGGAAGCCUCCGCCCGCCCGGGCAGUCCCUCCAGGCUCGCUUUUCCGAAUUCCUCAGGAGGCUCUGCAGUCGGGCUGUGCUGCUCUUCGUGGCAGUCUCUGGACUCACGUUUUUCGCCCUGAGUUUCGGCUUUUACUGUAAAUAUGGUUGGGAAUUUUUGGAGCACACCUACCUGUAUCACCUGACGAGGCGGGAUAUACGUCACAACUUUUCCCCCUACUUCUACAUGCUGUAUUUGACCGCCGAGAGCAAGUGGAGCUUUUCCCUGGGAAUUGCUGCCUUCCUGCCACAGUUCAUCUUGCUUUCAGCGGUGUCUUUCGCCUAUUACAGAGACCUUGCCUUUUGCUGCUUUCUUCAUACGGCCAUUUUUGUGACCUUUAACAAAGUCUGCACGUCGCAGUACUUUCUUUGGUACCUCUGCCUACUGCCCCUUGUGAUGCCACUAGUGAGGAUGCCUUGGAAAAGAGCUGUAGUUCUCCUAAUGCUGUGGUUUAUAGGGCAGGCCUUAUGGCUGGCACCUGCCUAUGUUCUUGAGUUUCAAGGAAAGAACACCUUUUUGUUUAUCUGGUUAGCUGGCUUGUUCUUCCUUCUUAUCAACUGUUCCAUCCUAAUUCAAAUUAUUUCCCAUUACAAGGAGGGACCCCUGACAGAGAGACUCAAAUAUGACUAAUAUAUGCUCCAGUUCUUCUGCCACUUCCAUCUAUUACAUUCUGAUUGUCCUGAAUGGACCAAAGGAGAGCUUUGGAAAAAUUUUGAACACCCUAAGGUGCUCUAGUGAAAGUUCAGUUUGGAGCAUAAUACCUGUUCCAACCAAUUAAAAUGAAUGUUUGCCUUAUGUAUAAAGGGGACUCAGUACUUGGGAUCCACUGUUUAGGAAAUGGAAGGGCUGUUUGAAAAUGGAAGGGCUGAUGAAAACUGUUGGAUGUUAAAAAGUUUUUGUAGAAAAAGACAGGAAUAUAGUCAGACACAAAGGUCUAAGCCAGUAUUUGUUCCAGUUAUACCAGGCUACUGUCAGAAGCAGUGUUUAUCUUGUGAAAACUCACAAAAUGUCCCUAAAGUACAACUUUUAGAUAUGGUGUUAAAGUUGGCAAGUUAAUUGUUUAUUAACAGUGGAGGCUUAGAAGAUAAAGAAUCCAAAAAAUUUAAAUUGUAAUCAUGUUUCAAGUACGGGUAUUUGUUUUAUAACAGUUUUUCAGCACUUUGUCCCAGUGGUAUUAGAUUACCAUUUGGUUUUAUACCAAAGGGAUUAAAUUUAAAUUCACCCAUUUUUAAACUUGCAUUAUUACACAUCUUAAAAUAGCAUCUUGCUUUUGAUGUUUGAAGUCUGCAAACUAUUAGGACAUUUGAGUGUUCUCGUGUACUCCUUUGUUUUUAAUUUUCUGAUUGUUAAAAAAUAUUUGUCAUCGAGAAUUUAAGUUAAUUAAGUGUUAUCUAUAUUGUAAAAAUGAAUAUUGGUAGAUUUUAGAUAAUUAAAAAACAUUGUUAGCAAGACAUUUCCCAGCUUAAAGUACCCCACUUAUGAAAAUUCUAUGAUAGAAAUAGAGACCUGCGUGAGACAGGCUCCUGGAAAGUAUAAGAAGCAUCCUAAGUAUCCAUUAAUCUUAGACCAGGGAAUUGAGGGAGAGAUUAUGGAAAUGAGGCUUUGCAGAUUCAUUUUUCUUAUUACUCUAAUAUUUCUGGGAGAAAAAUGCUUUCUGAGUUUCAAGCAAGCACCCUUAAAAAAUUUUUUUUAACAUAGCCCAUUAGGUUGGGGAUUCCCUAGCACUUAACCUGUGGUAGUAAUAUAUGAGUUUGAUUUUAUGAUUGUGAUUUUAAAAGAUGAGUAUUUUGCCCAGCCUGGUGUAACUCAGCGGUUGAGCAUCAACCUAGGAUCCAGGAGAUCGCAGUUCGAUUUCCAGUCGGCACAU